AUAUUUAUAGUGCAAAUUUGAUUUCCUGUUAAAAAAAUGAGUGCUGCUGCAAAUCGAAGUAAAAGAGUGAUUAAACCUCCUAGAAAUAUCAGUCCUGAAACAACCCCAACAAAGCGAAAGAAGGCAUCUUCAGUGUCCAGUGAACAUGCAGCAAAGAAAACUCCAGAGGUACACACCCCUGUGAAGGUCGAGGUGAGGGAGGAAACAGUCGUUGUUGCCGUGGAGACAGAGGAAGUGAUCAUCGAGAGUCAAGAUAAAUUGUCUGCGGAGACUCAGGACAAGAUACCAAUCUUUAAAGACCCCACAUUUGUUCAUUCAACCAAAGGAAAUGCAGGGAGUAAGAAAACGAGAGUUUGGAAGAAUCUGAAACAAAUUGUAACAGCAGAGAAAAUGUUACCAUGGAAACCUGAUGAUGUUACAUAUGGCUCCAUUGAUGCACCACCUUCCUUUAAACCUGCCAAAAAAUAUUCAGACAUAUCAGGACUCCCCGCUUACUAUACAGAUCCAGAGACAAAACUGCGGUAUGCUACAGGAGAGGAAUUUUCCCGGAUUAGAAUGAUGACGAGUGACGUAGUCUCAGGGUGUUUGGCUUUACGUAGGGCCACCACUGUAGUCCCCUGAAAACCACUGUCUUACCCUGACAGUACCAUUGUUGACCCUGAACACUACUGGAGUUUUCUGAAUAUACUGUACAACAUUAGUCAUACCAUGAGGUUAAAUUACAAAAAAAAGAGAGAAAAAACCAAUCGGGAGAUAAAAACAAAUAGGUAUACAUGUAGAUCAAAUGAAUGGGAAAUACUUUCACUUCAGUGUAGAAAAUCAAUUAAUAAUACAGUAUUAGAGGGAAUGAUUGAAUGAUAAAAGAACAGGUCUUGAAUGAAGACAUUUUGUUUACGUGUAGUAGAUGAGAAUGUGUCAUUGUUAUUGCGUGCUUGUAAACUAAUCUUGUUGUGUAAACAUGUGUUAGUGAAAUCAACUCUUUUAUAGUGUUUUAGUUUUUUAUUCAGUGGUGUAAUUUGUGUCAUACACAUGUGUUUGAGUAUAGAAUUCUUUUUUCAGUUGAUAUCUUCUAUUAUAUUCUAUAAAUGAACAUGUCUAAAAAGUUAACACAAGAUUCAUAUUCAACCACUGCAAAAUCUUUUACUAUUUUAAGAAUAAA